UACAAACGUAAAUCAACCGUGAAAAUAUAAAGAAAAUACCUAUAAAGGUGUCUAGAUUUUUCCCAUAAUAUUUAAAUUGUAGUUAUGGAGAACAGAGUGGUAUUGGUUUUAAGUAUUAUAGUUUCAUGUUGCUCAAAAGCUUCAUUGGCAAAUCCAGCUUUUAAUUCUCGAGACCCAACUCUGAGACCACCUGGUUCAAAUGAAUAUCCAGAAUUACCUGUGAGACCUCCAAGCCCACUUGUAUACCCUCCUGAGACACCUUUAAAUCAACAGAAUCCUUUUGAUAACUCUCGAGACCCAAAUUUCAGACCACCUGGCGCAGAUGAACCGGAUGUCAAAAUUUCAGAAGUUGAUGAAAUAAUACUACCGGAUGUCCUUCCUUCUCGAUAUGUGAAAGAUUUGAGUCAUCCUGUAAGACUUGUGGGUCCUUUUGAACCAGAUGAGCAGUUUUUGUUUGCGGAGCUUCCUGGACUAUAAAAUGACUAUUAUGAAACAUCUAUAUUUUAACAAUAAUGUAUUUAACAAUAAAAAAUUACUUUAACGAGAACAAAAUAA